CUCCUCCGAUAGGCCCUCCUCUCCUCAUGAGGAACAAAAGCUCUUCUCGCAAACCUCCGCCGAGCCCUGCGGCUCUCCUCUCGUCUCCUUCAGCUUCAGAUCCAGCCGCAAUCGUGGCUUCUGUUUCGGGUUCUGGUGUGCGUCCUGCGGUGGCUGCUCCUGCGGUGACUGUCCGUGCCUUUCCUCCUCCUGCUUCGAUUCCUACUGCCCCUGUUUCUCCCCGUGAGUCAGACAUGGCCAGUUCAGAUCUGUCUCCGCGCGCGUCAGAUCCACGCUCCGUCAGGCCAGCCGUCUUGCCUGCCGCCAUACCUGCGAUUGCUGCUCCGUCGGCGAACCCAGUGCCAUCACCCAACGCUGCAGCACCAGCUGCUGAUUCGCCUUGGCUUGGUUUCUCUGCUUGCCACUCCUCUCAAGACUGUCCUCGUGCCAAAGCUAAGUCAAAAAAGAAAACUACAAGGAAAAAAGAAGCUGUAGCAGUCCCUGUGACCUCUUCUAUCUCUCCUGUGGUUGCAUGCAUUGUUUCAGCUCCAGACAAAGGUAAAGCAAUAGCAGUUGCUUCAACUCAAGACAAAGGUAAAGCAAUAGCGGGUGCUGCUGUUCAGGUUCAGGUUCCAAAGUCAAAGGAGUCGACUUCAAGCUCCUCCCAGUGGAUUCAGGUCAAGCCAAAGUUUGCAAAGAAGCACGGGACAGGGGAUAAGGCCUCAUGCUCUUUUCCGGUUCAGGCUGAUCCUGUUUCUUCUGCUAGACAGGACCAUGAAGUUUCCCUAAGUAUUGACAUUGGUCUAGAGGAGAUCCAGGCUGAGCAGGAGCUUCUGGAUGCUAAGAGCCUUGCUUCUGACUCUUCGGAUGUGCAGUCCUCUGAGGAUGGUGUUGAUCCAGAGUGUCAAGGUGUCAAUCAUUUCCAAAUCCCUCAAGAUGAUGACUUGUGAAGUUCUCCUGCCGAAUUCACAAUCAGA